AUGGCAGAUCAGCCAUACCAAAGACAAGUAUCGGGUCUGAUUUUGGAACCCAAACCAACUAGCGACCCAAAUGAUCCACUGAAUUGGGUAAGCAUCUGCACCAACAUUCCAGUCAAGUUUGAUCGCGCUGACUGGGAUGUGCUAAAGACUCAAAGCCGGAAGCACUUGAACUUUGCAUUGGCUUGCUAUUAUGUCAUCAUCGUUCUCGCACAAAUCAAUAUUGCAACAUCCACUUGGGGUCCUGUUCAAAAAGAGCUAGGCUUCAGUGUCGCACUUCUUAAUGACAGCAAUGCAGUCGGCUGUGGAGCCUUAUGUGUAGGCGCCAUCGUCUUGGUUCCCUUCGCAUUGAAAUUUGGACGACGACCAGUAUACAUCCUGAGCUUGGCCAGUUUAUGUGGUCUUAGUGCUUGGUCUGCUAAGAUGCAAAAUGCUGCGGACUUGAUGUUAGUCAAUAUCUUGAGCAGCAUUGUUGGAUCUCUUGCAGAAGUCAUAGUUCAGAUGACUGUGACAGAUGUGUACUUCGUUCACGAGCGAGGGCUGAUGAACACCCUAUACUUCUGGUUUAUGACAACUGGCGCCAAUCUGUCCACAUUGGUGGGCGGAUACAUUACUCUCUCCCAGGGGUGGCGUUGGGUCUGGUGGUGGAUGACCAUAUUGCUAGGAGCGGGCCUUGUUGCCUUCGUAUUUCUUUACGAAGAGACAAUGUUUAUCAGAUCAAUCGAUGGCACGGGAAAAGAAAACAUUGAAACGUUGACAUCCCCCAGAGAUUCGCUUCCUACUGGUCAAACAACCACUGGCACAGCUCAUAUCGACUAUACUAUCCCCAAAAAGACCUAUUGUCAAAAGUUAGAGCUAUGGUCCAACUCUCCAAUAUCAUUUGACCAACUUUUCAAGCAUAUAUAUCAACCAUUCACCAUUAUGGCUACCAUGUCAACUGUGUUCUUCAUGGCUUUCCUCUAUGGAAUGAUGACUGCAUGUGCCUCGGUGCCUAUCGCAACCUUAUCCACCGUGAUGACUCUUCCUCCAUAUAGCUUUACCUCUGCUCAGAUUGGUCUUAUGGGUCUCUCUCCAUUCAUUGGUACGAGUUUGGCAGUCUUAAUUUGUGGAAUUUUAAGUGACUGGAUCGCUAUCUAUCUUUCAAAGAAGAAUGAAGGAAUAUACGAACCAGAAAUGCGUCUUUGGCUUGCACUAGCAUUCACCCCAUUUGUGGCAGCUGGUAUUUUCAUGUUCGGUAUUUGCUUGGAAAAAGGUCUGCACUGGCUUUUACCAGCUUUUGGACUGGCUAUAUGUGCAUUUGGACUUGUUCCAGCCAGCAGUGCUGCAUUGACUUAUCUCAUGGACGCAUAUCCCAAUAUCAUUGCGGAUGCGGUGGUCGGAGUGACAUUUCUACGCAAUAUAAUUGCUACGGUCUUUGUCUUCGUUCUUCAACCAUGGGUUGAUCGCGUAGGAUUGGCAUGGUUUUAUGUGGCAUUUGGCCUGAUUACCACAUUUGUUAUGAUGUGCAACUUGAUAUUUAUUGUCUAUGGGAAGAGUCUCCGGGCCAAGUCUACUGAAAAGUACAAGCACUUCAGCACCAAUAAGCUGGAAUAG